AUGCACAGGACGAUGUCCGAUCCCCACGCACCUCUCGAAGUAGAGGCUCCGAGACUUCUGUCUCCAGGCGCAGCAGAACGAAGCUUUGUUGUCGGCUCGGCUACGGUGCUCAAUAGAGAAACACUCGAGCACAACAGCGACACGGACCAACUCGUGUUGAGGCGUGCCCACUGGCGCGAUGAGAGCGGACAUGCUCGACAGACAGACUAUGUCUCUCGGACGGUCCCCAAGGGUAUGGUGCCCUGCAAGCCCGACGCAGUCUACGUCGUGCCCAUCCUCACCUUGCCGGCACGAGGCGAGGAGAAGCUCGAGAGAUCUGUGAUUGUCUGCAUGCAGUUCGAAGCGAGCAUCAACCGAUACGUCUGUGACUUUCCGAGCGGACCUUAUCUCAACCUCGCGGAGAGCUCGGAUGCGUGCGCAAGGCGAGAGCUUGACGAGCAGACGGGAUACAACCUCACAUUUUAUGACAUUGACACAAUCGAGGUGGGUCCAUUGAUAGCGAGUAACCCUCGCGUCACUUCGACUCUCCUGCAACGCAUCGUUCUGGAUAUCACUCCGAAAUCGAGCAAUAACAAUGAAGCUCCGCCGUAUCAUUCAGUCUCGCACAAAUAUAGGCACAUCACCGUUGGCGUCAUACCCUUGUCGGUCUGCAAGGCCACUUUGGCGGCGCUGCACGAAGAGCAAGGUUACGUCAUAGGCGCUGGCCUAUGGGAUUUCUCUCGCGGCCUGUUGACGCAAUUGGACGAUUGA